GAGGACGCCCCCCGAAGGCCGGGACUUCCGGUGUCGAGUGAACUCGGCUAGAAAGCUGUUAGAGGAGUUGGGGAGUUCGCCGAUGUCGGCGCUUCGGCACGUCGUGUGCGCCCUGUCUGGCGGUGUGGACAGCGCGGUAGCCGCGCUGCUGUUGCGGCGGAGAGGUUACCAGGUGACAGGGGUGUUUAUGAAGAACUGGGACUCCCUGGAUGAACAAGGUGUUUGUGCUGCUGACAGGGACUGUGAAGAUGCUUAUAAAGUUUGUCAGAUCUUAGACAUCCCUUUCCAUCAAGUGUCCUAUGUGAAGGAGUACUGGAAUGACGUGUUCAGAGGUGGCCAAGACUGUGCUGAAGUUGGGGCACCAGAGACCUUGUCUGUAGCACCCUCACGCUCUUUCUUGGGGAUAUUUCCCACCUGCCAGAGGUUUCCUUAAUGCUUUUCUGAAUUAUGGCAUGAGGAGUGGAGGCUGAGGUCUCCCCAGAAGGUGCUGGGAGAUGAAUGUCACUCAAACACUGUGUUGACUUUUUGAAUGAGUAUGAGAAAGGAAGGACUCCCAAUCCUGACAUCAUCUGCAAUAAGCAUAUCAAGUUCAGUUGCUUUUAUCAUUAUGCUGUGGACAAUCUUGGAGCAGAUGCCAUUGCCACUGGCCACUAUGCAAGAACCUCACUAGAUGAUGAGGAAGUUUUUGAGCAGAAGCACAUUAAGAGACCAGAGGGGCUGUUCAGAAAUCGAUUUGAAGUCAGAAAUCCCGUAAAACUUCUCCAAGCAGCUGACAGCUUUAAAGACCAGACCUUCUUUCUCAGCCAGGUUUCCCAGGAUGCCCUGAGAAGAACCAUCUUCCCCCUGGGGGACCUAACAAAAGAUUUUGUAAAGAAAAUAGCUGCAGAGAAUAGACUCCAUCAUGUGCUUCAGAAGAGAGAGAGCAUGGGCAUCUGCUUCAUUGGUAAAAGAAACUUCGAGCGUUUCAUUCUUCAGUAUUUGCAACCUCGGCCUGGCAAGUUUAUUUCUAUCGAGGAUAAUACAGUUCUGGGAACACAUAAAGGUUGGUUCCUGUAUACUUUGGGCCAGAGAGCUAAGAUCAGCGGCUUGAGAGAGCCCUGGUACGUGGUGGAGAAGGAUGGCACCAAGGGUGACGUGCUUGUGGCUCCCCGGGGAGACCACCCAGCUCUGUACAGGGACCUGCUCAGGACCAACCGUGUACACUGGAUUGCCGAGGAACCACCUGCUGCCUUGGUCAGAGACAAGAUGAUGGAGUGCCAUUUCCGAUUCUACCACCAGAUGGCACUAGUGCCCUGUAUGCUGACACUCAAUCAGGAUGGCACUGUGUGGGUGACGGCUGUGAAGGCUGUGAGGGCCCUUGCCCUGGGACAGUUUGCAGUGUUCUACAAGGGUGAUGAGUGCCUUGGCAGUGGGAAAAUCCUACGGUUAGGGCCAUCUGCCUACACACUCCAGAAGGGCAAGAAAAGAACCGAAGUGGCUCCUGAGGUCUCCAGUGACAGCCCUGGCCUGCACCCUACAUCCUGACAAAGGCCAAACUGCUAGGAGACAUUAGAGCAGAGUCUGGGGCAAGUUGGUCAGUGAUGGGCUUGGUGCUGCUAGAAGACAAUGGUCUGGCUGGCUGCAGAGCCAUGGCAGCCUGAGGAAGGAGUGUCUCUGUGCUGGUGCUCCAGCAAGCCUGAAGCAGAUGCUGGAUGCUGGCUUUGCCUUGAGGGUCCUACUGGAGCUCCGCCAAAGGAGGCCUCCACAGUGUGUGAGGGUUGUGAAGAAACAGAAUCAAAUAAAACUAUCAAAAUCUGA